GCAGGAGCUCCACUGCUCAGGAAAGAGCUCUGUCACAGUUGCUGGCUCUGCUUUACCUUUUUCUUUCCCCUCCCCUCAAUGGAAAAAUUUUAACACAUUUAUUUUUUUGUUAACUGGUGGGACAGCUCAGAUGAGAACCACAGAGUUGACAACAGCAAACAAACCUUAUUUUCCAUAGGUAUGGAGCACUGUACAAGAACCAGCCUGCUAGCAGCAGCUCUAUUGCUGAUUUCAGUGAAUCUCUUGAGUCUGCACAACAGCAGUGUCCAAGGUUUCCUCUACAAUAAUCGCUAUUCAGGAGAUCAAGUGAUUCGAAUAGUUCCAAAAAGUGAAGGAGAAGUGGAGGCAUUAAAGAACAUCAAUGACCAUAUAAAGGUGGAUUUAUGGCAGCCUGUCAGCCCCUCGUCCAUUGGUCUCACCACUGUUGUGGACAUACAUGUACCUAGGAGCAGCUGCCAGCCAUUCCUUCUCUCACUCCAAGAGGCUGGAAUCGAGUAUGAGAUCCUGAUUUCUGAUCUUCAGAGACAAAUUGAAAAGCAAACAGACAUCACCCCUUCUCGCCAACGAAGAUCCAAUCUUCUCUACAGCUAUGAAGUCUACCAUUCUUUGGAUGAGAUACAAAACUGGAUGUAUCAGAUGAACAAAACGCAUUCACGUCUUAUUUAUCUCUUCUCCAUUGGCAAAUCAUUUGAAGGACGACCUCUUUUUGUUCUUCAGCUAGGCAAGAGAUCGCGUCCAUUGAAGAGGGCAGUGUGGAUAGACUGUGGCAUUCAUGCUAGAGAAUGGAUUGGGCCAGCUUUCUGUCAAUGGUUUGUGAAAGAAGCUGUUCAGACGUACCACAGUGAUCCCAUGAUGAGAAGGCUUCUAAACCAAUUGUAUUUCUACAUCAUGCCUGUGUUUAAUGUAGAUGGCUACCAUUAUAGUUGGACAACGGAUCGGUUCUGGAGAAAGACUCGUUCUAACCAUACCAACCUCAGCUGUCAUGGAGUUGAUGCCAAUCGUAAUUGGAAUGUCAAGUGGUGCAGUGAAGGUGCGUCCCUGCAUCCGUGUGCUGACACGUACUGUGGGCCUUUGCCAGAAUCUGAGCCCGAAGUAAAAGCUGUUGCGGACUUCCUUCGUAAACACAAGAAACGAAUUAAAGCAUAUAUUUCAUUCCAUGCAUAUUCACAGAUGUUGCUGUAUCCAUACUCCUAUAAAUAUGCAGUCAUUCCCAAUUUCAAGUGUGUGGAAUCUGCAGCAUACAAUGCUGUCAAAGCUCUUUAUUCAGCCUAUGGUAUCAAAUACAAACAUGGACCUGCAUCCAGUACUUUAUAUAUCAGUUCUGGUAGUUCUAUUGACUGGGCCUACAAGCAUGGCAUUCCCUACGCAUUUGCAUUUGAAUUGCGAGAUACUGGAUAUUAUGGAUUUUUGCUGCCAGAAUCUUUAAUUAAGCCAACAUGUACAGAGACCAUAUUAGCUGUGAAAAAUAUUACAAAUCGUAUACUGCAGAAAUGUCCCUGACCAUCUGUCACCCAUCAUUCAUUUUUUUCUUAUGUGCUUAUGUCUAUGAAUGAUACGUUUUUUUUACUUGAAUAAGCCAAACUAAACAUCAUUUUAUAUACAGCAUAAUGGUCAUAUUAUGGUACACCUUUACAGGACACCAGAAACAGCAGAAAUGUGACAAUAAAAUUUGUGAAUAUA